AUCCAAUAUUCCGGGAUCUUCUGUGAGGUUUUGGAGUUGAAUACAUUGAAUAUACAGUGUGAUAGUUUAAGUUAUAUUGACGAUAUGGCUAAACGAGAGCAAGUUUUGAUAAUAGAGCCAAAACAUGAACUUAAAUUUCGAGGCCCUUUCAAACAAAUGAGUACUUCUCACUUAGAAUUAAAAAAUCCAAUAGACUCACCUGUUUGUUUCAAAAUAAAAACUACUGCUCCAAAAAAAUACUGUGUUCGGCCAAACUCUGGUAUUGUGCUACCUAAACAAACUGUUGUAGUUGCAGUUUGUCUUCAACCAUUUGAGUUUGACCCUAGUGAAAAAAGUAAGCAUAAAUUUAUGGUGCAGACUAUGAUUGCUCCAGAGGGAGAAUUUAAUCAAGAUACAUUAUGGAAAGAAGCUGAUGCAGAUAGUUUAAUGGAUACAAAAUUAAAGUGUGUAUUUGAAUUACCAACUGAAGGAGAAGUUGGAUCCACUGUUCCUGAUACGUCAACUAGGGAAGAAGCCAAAAACAGUGGAGAUUCACCUAAUGUACAAGAAGGAGGAGAGGUUGCUAAAGAUAUGAAACUAAAAGUUCUCCGGGAGGAAGAGAAUUCACUACGUCAAGAAAACCUUAUUUUGAAGGAACAAGUUUUAGUGCUAGAAAAACAAGCUGAGGCACUGCGUAAAAGGUCACGCGUUGCUAUACAGCCACAGCCAAUAUAUCAGACGCCCCUAAUUGUGGUCGCAAUUCUUACUGGACUUGUUGGAAUUAUUUUGGGAAAGUUCCUGCUCUGAAAAGCAUUUACACAAAUUUCCCCUCAGACUCCUUAAUACACACAUUGUAAUUAGCACAUUCCCCCUCCCCUGUAACUAUCGCUUGCCCUUCCUGCUCCAAUCACAUAUUAUUACUCCGUAAUUUCAUAAAAUAUAAACACAUCUUAGACUUGCAUAUAUAUAUAUACAUAUAUUAUUUUAGCCACAUAUUUAUUAACAGGCAAAUUUUCCCUGUUUAAAAAAAAUGAAAAGAAACAAGAAUCAUUUUCCUUUGCUUAAAGAAACAACUCUGAAAGAAGAAAAUGCAUUUCAUAAAUCAUUUUUAUGUUUUGGAUUCAGAAUUAUGUCCAAUUAUUAAUUACUUAUUUUUCUAACAGUCCAGUGUGAUAACAGGUCACUAGCAAACAUAAAUUAGGGAUCAACAUUUAUAACUGAUGGGCAAGUUAAGUUUUCAAAAUUUUCUAAAAAAAAAAAAUUGAUGUGAAAUAUUUUGAUUUUUAACUUAUCAAUCUGGUUUUGUUUCAGUAUUAAUAUUUUAGAAGUAUAAAUAUAUCACCCAUAUUGUCAACUUUGUGAUGAGUUGUGUAAAUAACUUUGUUUUGUAAAUUGGAAUGUUUUGCAGUUAUUAAUAAACCUGCAUUUUAUAAAAACUUUGUUUUGUUACACACUGCAUUAGAGUUAUUUUAAAUUAAAAAGAAGACUUUUUUUGAUGAGUUGUGACAUAUAUUAUAAUGUAUUAUUGCAAUACCAAUUUGGUUUAUUUAUUAUCAAAUUUAUUUUAUUGUAUAGUUAGACUUUUUAUCAGUGUAAUAUCUGAUAAUUAUGUUUUUUUGUUUUUUUACUCAGAUAUGAUUUAAUUGAGUUAUUGUUUUCUGGUGAAAAUGCAAUUUUAUGAUUAAAAGGGUUUUCAUUAUUACUGUUUUAAACUGCGCUCAUGUUGUUAGAACCCAUGCCUUAUUUGUAAUUUUUUUUUCUCUCAGUUUAUCACUAAUGAAAUUAUACCGCACAUUAAUAUGAAUUAUUUUGCAUCGAUUUAAUAUGCAAUAUAGACAAAUUGAUUAUAAUAUAUACUGAGCCUCCCAAUUUGAAUAGAAGACAUUUACAAUGACUUAUAUUUGUGUAACUUAUACUUCAUAUAUCUGCUGAUGGUCAGUAUUCUGAACACAAUAUAUUUAUUCUUUUGUAAUAAAGGUUGAUGUUGCACCAUUCACAUUUUCAGUGACUAAUUUAAUUGUUUGUUAUUUAAUUGAAUUGGUGGCUGGAGGAAUGUUAAUUUGCCUUUUUUACAAUUACAUUUUUUUAGUGGAACCUCAUUUGUUGUGGAUAUUUGUAUAGGAAAGUUAAGGUUAAUUGGUUAACUUGAGAACUUAACCCUUAACUUGUCUUAGAGUGGGUAUUCCACCAGAAAAAGUUAAACCAGCAUUGCUCCAGCCACCAAUUUAAUUUUAGAUUUUUCUAGUCAUGGUUAAAGUUUGUAAUUAACAGUUAUAAAACUAUAAAUUCUUUGGUGUUUGCAGGAGUUACAAAUUUUGAUUGAAUAAAGAGAUGUGACAUCUCCUUUUCUCAAAAUUUUUAGGCCUUCAUUAUUUUGCGAAUUUUAUUUUGAACAUCAUAUUUUUUUCAUUUAGGGACUGGUAUAUCUUAGCUUUCAGUUUUUACUAACCUAUUGUUAGUUUCACUUAAUAUUUUGUAAGUUUAAACUCCUAUUUAUAUGUAUAUAGGAAUUUACAAAUACAAAUAUGGUGUUUUCAGGGAUAUUCAGCAUUUUGAAACAUUUUUUUUACUAACAUUUGCUGUUAUUAUCAUCUACCUACUUAUAAGAAAAACGGUAAAACUAAAACUAUUCAGUACAUAUUUUCUAAUUUGCAGCUG